GUUAUCUAUAAAACACAAUCCAAAAGCAGUUGUUUUCUAAAACGGGCCAAUGACAACCAUUCUGCAAAUUACAUUCAAGUUCUCACCCUUCACUUCAUCAAAUGAAGAAUUUUGUGAAAAACCCAUUUGCUGUUACCCAGUAAGGAGUCCCAGAACUGUUUCUUUGCGGCCAAACAGAUUCAAGUUGGGAGCUUUUGGGAGGCAAAGAUGGAGUUUUGGGGAAGUGGGUAGGUGCAAAGAUGGGAUUUUUUUAAAAGAAGAAGGGUGGAAGAGGAAGAUGAAGAGGAAGAGGAGAGUGGUUUUGGUGAUGUUUAGUCAAGGUUUUGGGUUUAAUGGUGGUGGUGGUGGUAGUGGAGGAGGUGGUGGUGGCGGCGGUGGGAAAAUUGAUAGUAACACAGCUAGGCUUCUGGGAAAUAUCGCUUUGGCUAUUGGGUUAACUUAUCUUUCAGCGACUGGACAGCUUGGAUGGGUUUUAGAUGCUAUUGUCUCAAUUUGGCUCAUUGCAGUGCUUGUUCCUAUUGUUGGUGUUGGAGCCUUCCUCUGGUGGGCAGGCCGGGAUAUUGUUCAAAGCAGCUGCCCGAACUGUGGAAAUGAUUUUCAGAUUUUCAAGUCUUUUCUAAAUGACGAGUUGCAGCUGUGCCCUUACUGCAGUCAACCAUUUUCAGUGGUGGAUGACAAGUUUGUCAAGGAACCUGUAAAGUUCUCCAACCAAACCUCGAAACAGAAACAAUCAUUCAACAGCUUUUCUCCUGGUUUCAAGAAAGUUUGUUCAGGAAGCGAUUCUUCAGGAGCAGUUGUUGAUAUCGAAGCAGAAGUAAAAGAUGCAGAUUGAUAGCUACAAAAGGGGAUGCAAUCUUGCAACUUAUGCUUAUUUAUAUGUAUCUUACACCAUUGAACCCGAGAUGACUGUGGUGAAGAGGAAUCACGAAUCUUCAUGUUGUAGACGAAGAUCAAGAAUGUGACAUCGCGAAUAAUUGUUCGGUGUCGAUAAAAUAUGUAGGUGUUGCAUAGCUCUAAUACUUUCUUCAUUCUUACUGGUAAAUGUCGAAAGAAUAGGUCACUUCCAUAUUACUGCACAGCGUAACUUUGUAUAUAAUAAUCUGUUGUCAGCUACUAUGUAGUCUUUUAUACUCUUACAUUCUCUUCAUAUUUAUGGAACCUGUAAUCCAAUUUUCCAUUUGUAGGGUAAUAA